AUGAACGGAAAAACAAAAUUACACUCCAAAAGUUCCCUCACCAAACGCUUUAAAAAAGUAGGGAAAAAAUUAAAACACUGGCACGCUUAUACUUCCCAUUUGGCUUAUAGCAAGACACCCAAACAAAAAAGACAUUUACGCAAAAGUUCCUUAUUAGACAAAAGUGACUGGCAACGUUUAAAAAAGAUUAUUACCAAACGGGAAGAAGUUUCAGGUCAAACAAGUGGUGCUUAUGACGGAGCUAGCCAAGAUGUUGGUCGCAGUGGAACUACUAUGCAUGGUGGAACUUACGAAGCUGGUCAUGGUGGGGAAUAUAGUUCUGAAAAAACUGAAUACAAUGCG